GGACCUGACCACCUCAUUCCAUUUCGCGAACUUUCACCUUUCCACCAAGACAUCUUCUGUCUGGACAACCAUAUUUGAACUGUCAAUCGAUUAAACCAGCUCGGCAAUUCAAAAGGAAUUUCCACUCAAGGAUUAGCUACACCAUCGGACAUCAAACACUUUACAAUCACGACCUCAGGUCCCAAAAACCACAGCCAUGUCAACCCAAAGAGCCCUCUGGUUCGUCGCCAGCAAAGCCACCAAAAAGUCAUCACCACAAGGCACCCAAGCCGGCACCAUCUACAUCCACUGCAAAGUCAAGCCAGGCGCCAGCAAAACCCGCGAAGGCGUAAUUUUCAUAACCGACGAAGCAGUCGAGAUAUGCGUCGCCGCGCAAGCUAAGGAGGGAGAGGCGAAUAAAGCUGUUGUCAAGGUGCUUAGUGAGGCUCUCAAUCUCCCCAAGUCCAACCUCGAGAUCACCCAGGGCCUCAAGUCCAGGGCCAAGACAAUUGCUGUUGCUGCCCCUGGGUCGUGGGUUGGUGGUAAUGGUGGGGAGGAGGAGUGUCUUGAAAGGGUGAAGGCGUAUUUGAACAAAGCAACUGAGGCGUGAUGUUAUGUGGCCGGAUAAUGCCCUCGAGGCAGCGCCAUCUGGAUGAUCGUACAGUCGUCGACAUUGAUUCUGAUGUUCCCGCGCGAUCUGGUGGACCACGGGUAGACCAACACUCGUACCUCUCCGGUAAAACCCUGAGACCAUUUGCGCCCAUCUUUAUGCUUCUUUCGCCGCGGGUAUCGAUACCAUAUCCUCCUUUAUUCUCUCAUUCUCGUCAUAUCCUCAUUACUCAUAACAUGCGUCAAUCUCCGAACCGUAUUAUCUCCCGCUUCACCUCACACCCCUCCCACCAACUCGCCCGUUCGAUGUACUCCUAGUAAUCGCACCGCGGCUCGUCGUUCGGGA